CAAAACCACCCCAUUCAACCCCUCCCCCCGCCAUUCAGGCUUCGCAAGAGCAGAAGCCCAGCCAAUCGCCAAGACCGUGCAUUGGCCGUCGAAUCCGCCGCCAAAACAGCAAAAUCUGCGCCGAAACCUCAACGACACUCCAUCAAGGGACCAGAUUUUGCCCAUCAAAAUAUCACCCACGACGCGAGUUUUCCAUCAAAAAACUCGACGGUUCGAUUUCGCAUGCAAUCCCGCAUGAGAUAAAAAAAAAUUUCGUCGGGGUUUCCCCAGGCCUUUCUGCCGCAAUUGCCCACACCUUCACCAUGGCGACCCGCAAGGUUCGGUACAAGAAACUGAGUGUCAAAACACAACUUGCGGUGCUCAGGGAGGAUCAAAUUGAAGCCUCUGAGUAUGAAUCACUCACUUCCGAAAACCAAAUAGCCACCGGUGUCGAACAGGCCGAGGAAAAUGAAUACCAUCUUCAAGCUGUGCUCAAGGGGGCAGGAGUCGCCGCCGACCAGGAGAUUCCUGUCCCCCCUCCACAGCAGAGUGAACUGGAUUACGACCAGUUCUACCCUCAAAAGGUGGCCAAGACAUCCACGUAUAUCCGUUUUUCCCAAACGGUAGAAGAAUGCAUCAGUUGCUUGUAUGACAUGACCGAGGACGAUGAGACGUUCCUCAAGUCCUACAACAUGAAACUGACCCCGUCUGCUCGUCUCUCCGAAGAUGAUUUCGAGAGGAUCAUGGACGUGUAUGAGGACAUGGCGGCGAACAUAACGCCGUUCUCGGCCAUAGACCAGACAGUGCCGUCGUAUCAGGAGAUGUUGCGAGGACUGGAGCCAUUAGACAGCACAAAAGUCAUGGUUCAUGCCAAGCAGAUAUAUGAGUACUGGAAGUCGCGCCGCGAAAUCAGCAAAAACCGACCGCUCAACCCUACACUGAAAUUCGAGACACAUGCGGAAAGCGACGAGCUUGAUCCCUACGUCUGCUUUCGCCGAAGAGAGAUUCGUCAAACUCGCAAAACGAGGGCAAGAGAUGUCCAGAGUGCGGACAAACUCAAGCGGCUGCGGAAGGAGCUGGAGGAAGGUCGUCAACUCAUCCUGGCAGCCCACAACCGGGAAUUGCUCAAGGCAGAUAUGCUCAAGGUAGAGCGAGCCAUCUUCGAUCAACGAGCCAUCAUCAAGGAGCAAAAACUCCGACUCGGCAUCAGGACGGGCGACGAGGAUCUAGUAAACCAAAAGCCGCAAAAGAGGAAGGCUCCGGAGGCACCCUCAGCUCAAAGACCCCCUCCACCCCCCCAGAUCCGUAUGCCUGUGCGCCCCGAUGGCCGUCCCGCAGAGUCAGAUCUUGUCCAACUCUCAGAUCGCCUUGCCGAGAAGAAUGCGGAGCUCAUCAUCGAGAUCGAGAAGAAGAUUCAGAACCACAUCGACUGGAACAAGAACUAUGUCGACCUCACUGGCAAGCCGCUGUCUCCCGUUCAGGGCCCAAGACAAGAUUUGGGCUUCAGACCUGCCAAGACGCAGUAUCUCAUGACGCCACCAGCGUCUGCAUCCUCAGGAUCCAUGGAUGAGCCCACCCCGAUGGAUCUUGAUAAGCCCAAACCCAACCCACCACCACCAGUAAAAUUCAGGGGCGUUGCCCAGGACGAACAAUCAUUGGCGCAUCCACCCUCAUAUCGUCGUCGUAUCGGCCGGUUGAACAGGUUGUGGAUCGACCGUCGUGGUUUACCUAGUCCAGCCCGAGACCUCAGUGAAGAACAGUCCGAUCGCUGGAAGUAUGAUCAGUCCUCUGAUGACGAGGACGACGCGCCGGUGUAUAUGCUGGACCCCUUUGAUACAAAGGCAUUGAGGUACCGUGCUUCAAUACCACUCCAGACGGUCACAAGACCUCCCCCACCGGUUAUCAACCGGCAGUUCAUCCCUCCGGGCGCCGUCCCACAACAACUUGCCCAAUCUUCUUUUGCUCCGGGACAACCACAACCGCAAUCACAACCUCAACCAAAUCAAUCACAAUCUCUCCCUCUACCUCAACCACAACAACCAGUAGCACAGCCACAGCCGCAACCGCAGCCCCAGGCUCAACCGGUGUCAUAAAAUUGGCGUUUGUAGGAGUGUUGUGUUGUCAUCUUUUUUAGAUAUCGUUUGGCUUUUUUCGCGGGCUGGUGGUCGAGCAGCCGAAUAAACUUCGGAAGACCGCUGCUGUGUAUACCCCUCAACUCUCGAUUGAUGCAUUUAGCGAUAUGGGGCCAGGGCUAAAGAGAAGGAUCUGGCCGGGGCGAGGCGUUUGGGUUGCGGCUUUUGCGUAGGUUUGGCGAAGUGGGGAACGGCUCAUGUAUAUAUGUAAACAAGUAGUCGUACCGAUAUCGUGUAGAUGGCGGCGGAUAGCUGAGACACGCGAGAAGCUGUGCAGCGACAACAGUAAUGAGAUACCAAAGCAGUAAAAUACCACUUCUGGCUCCCAUCAGUUGCUUCACGCGGUGUUGUAUUGUGCAGUGUGACUGAACCACGAAAGUGGCUAUGGCCAUCAAGCGUGGAGGCUGGUCUCGAUGUCUGUCAAGGCAUCUUCGCUUCUGGAAAGCCUGGAGGGCGAACGAAGCCUUAUAGACCGGGUGCGUCCGCGAGGUUGUUGCCCAGGGGAAAGCAGGAAUGAUCUCAGAGAUGUUCCGAGCGUUUGGUCAUCGGCAGCCCCGAGACAAGUGCUGCGAGCGUAUGCAUGUGCCACAUUUGGGCUUAGGUAACACACGGUGCUGCCCUGGGCCGAUGUGCGAAUUGGUCGGAGGUGUGCGAGAAUUUGCGAACCGGGUGGGCCAAUAGGAAACCAGCAAUCGAGCUGCGGUCCGACACAGGACGCUUCACAAGAAGACAGGAAGUUGGGAGGACGACAAAAGUGUCGAGAAAGAGAAAAAGGUGUUCCCUCG